UUCAUGCUCUCUGACUCAAAAGAUUGGUAUCACUUUUGUCAGCUGUAUUUCACCCACAGGCAGGAUGAUUUUGAGGUGUAAUCUUUUGCUUAUGUGAUUCUCAUGGAAUUUUCUUGCUGUUUUUCAUCAACUUGAUCCUAACUUGGCACAAAACCUUCAGCUGGUUGUACUGCUAAGGAGCGGGCACAAUGGCAGCCAUAAAGCCCAAGCUGAAGGCGCUGAGAAAGCGUCGCUCCAGUCUUUUUGCCAGUGUGAAGCGGGAUCUGAGCUUUUCACAAAGCGCAGAAGAAGAAGAAUAUGUAUUUCCCUUUUCACAGGACAGCUCGGUAAAACCAUGGACUUCGAUGGACAACCUUGACAGUCCUGAUGGGAAAAAAAUAAAGGCGGAAGAUUUGCCCAACCCAAGAAGAUCAAACAUUGUCAACCUAAAUAUAGGUGGAAAAAUAUUCCACAUCCCAAAGCACUUGGCUCUCCGAUAUCCAAGGACCAGGAUCGGAACCCUUGCUCUGUGUGAUGAUCCAGUGAAGCGGCUCACUCUCUGUGAUGAUUAUAAUGUUGUGAGCAACGAGUUCUUUUUUGAUAGGGACCCUAUGUUUUUCCAUUACAUAUUUCACUUCUACUGCAGCAAUGUCCUCUGGGUGAUGGACAGCCUCUGUCCUGUCAACUUUGAGGAAGAGAUGUCAUUCUGGGGGCUGAAACUGAAAGACACUCCAAGGUGCUGUCGGAUAUUGUUUGAGGAGAAGGUAGAUGACAUCAGAGACCAACUAAAGGUUAACCAGGAGCUGAUUGAUGAGAUUAAACCUCACCAGGAUGACGAAUGCUACAAGACCAUGUUUCUGGGAGGUUUGCGAAAGAUUCUCUGGGAUUUGAUGGAGAAUCCGUACUCCUCCCUACCAGCCAAAGCCUUUGCUGUAUUCUCCAGUCUUUUUGUUCUCAUCUCAAUUGUUGCCAUGACAAUGAACACUGUACAGGAACUUAGGGAAUACAAAGUUGCAGGCAAAACCUUCAUGGAAUGGGUGGAGAUUGCUUCCAUCCUCUUCUUCACUCUAGAAUACUUUUUACGUCUAGCCACCACUUCCAACAUCAAACAUUUUUUGAGGAGUGCCCUCAAUUUUGUUGAUGUGGUUGCUGUCAUGCCCUACUUUCUCCAGAUAAUCUUUGAGACAUUUGUUAUAGAUUCAGAAGAUGCUAGUGCACAAGAAGAUCUGAAAGCCAUGUCACGAGUCAGUAAAGUCAGCAAGGUGCUCAAAGUGGUCAAGUUGAUGCGAAUCUUUCGUAUCCUGAAACUCGCUCGUCACUCCACUGGCAUGAGGGCCUUCGGCUUCACCAUCCGCCAGUGCUCUGAGCAGGUUUGCUGUCUGUUUCUCUUCAUCGCCAUGGGCAUCUUCACCUUCUCUGCUCUCAUGCAUUCUGUUGAGGUGGAUCAGCCCGGGACUCCAUUCAGCAGCAUACCAGAUGCCUGGUGGUGGGCCGCAGUGAGCAUCUCUACUGUUGGUUAUGGAGAUGUCAUCCCAGUCUCCUACCUUGGCCGCUGCGUGGCGUUUGCCUGCAUCUCUUUUGGCAUCAUUCUUAAUGGAAUGCCCAUUUCCAUUCUGUUCAACAAGUUCUCUGACUACUAUGCCAAACUGAAGGAGCAGGAAUAUUCAUUUUCCAACACGGAGCGCACAUUCCAGCUUCGGAGACGGCUGCGGCGUAAGUUCGACCGCUGCUUCGAACCGCCACCUGAAGAUUCGGAUGAUGACAUUCACUAUCGCCCCAGUGGAAGACAUACUGACUUUGACUACGACUUUGAUGAUUGAGAUUUUGCCACCUAAUUGUAUCAUCUCUAACCCAAAAUGGCCUUAUCACCCAUGGGUCUGGACAGUAUAAAGACCCCAUCUGCCUGGAUUGCUGAGCCUAUGGAGCUGAUCUGAUUAAUCUAAGGGGAGGACACGGAAGCAGCAGCACACAGAGAUAAGCUGUAAGCUGUAGCUUUGCAAUUGGUCCUGCUAAACGCUUUGGGUGACAGAUCAUUCCUCUGUCAGGUGGACUGGGUUCCUCCUCUAGACAGCCUGUUAUCUACUUCCAAGGAUAGCCCUGUCUGCAACUAAUGCUGACUAAACUCAAAUAGAUGUCAAGGAUUUCAAGUUCCAAUAUUACACAAUGAAUAA